UAAUGUUUGUGGGACGUUUAAUGAUAGCUGUCCCGGGGUGGAUGACACAAAGAGUGUAGGAAAAAUGUCAGACGUCGAGGGACAGGGAACAUGUUCCUCGGUCCCCCCGCUGCCUCACCCUUCUUACCGUAACGGCUCCGGUAGCGGUAGCGGUAACGUUACACCGGGCACCGGAGGAAGCUGCCAGACGGCGACCACCGUCACUUCGGGCCCACGGCUAGUCCGAAUAGUCAAGUCUGACUCUGGCUACGGGUUCAAUGUUCGGGGACAAGUCAGCGAAGGAGGGCAACUGCGGAGCAUUAACGGGGAACUGUACGCUCCGCUGCAGCAUGUGAGCGCUGUCCUUCCGGGAGGAGCCGCCGACAGAGCCGGUAUUUCGAAGGGGGACCGGAUUCUCGAGGUCAACGGGGUGAAUGUAGAAGGAGCGACACACAAGCAGGUGGUGGAUCUGAUCCGGGCCGGCGAGAGGGAGCUGGUGCUGGCCGUGCUGUCCGUCCCACCCCAGGAGGCCGACUGCCUGGAUCCCGGAGACGACGGAUCAGCCCAGUCUUGUUACGACUAUUCUGACAAGCAGGCCGUCCCCAUCUCCGUUCCCAGCUACAAACACACUGAGCUCAACCAUGAAAAGUUUGUGGUGUAUAAUGUGUACAUGGCAGGCAGACAGCUCUGCUCCAAGCGUUACCGGGAGUUUGUGAUUCUGCACCAAAACCUAAAGAGGGAGUUCACCAACUUUACAUUCCCCAAGCUGCCUGGGAAAUGGCCUUUCUCCCUGUCGGAGCAGCAGCUGGAUGCACGGCGCAGGGGACUGGAAGAGUAUCUGGAGAAAGUGUGCUCCGUACGGGUAAUCGGAGAAAGUGACAUCAUGCAGGAGUUCCUGUCUGAAUCAGAUGAGAACUAUAAUGGCGUGUCUGAUGUGGAACUGAGAAUAGCUAUGCCUGAUAAAACCACACUUACUGUCAGAGUUCGCAAAAACUCUACCACAGACCAGGUCUAUCAGGCGGUGGUUAUGAAGCUGGGAAUGGACAGUGUAACAGCCAGCUACUUCGCCCUAUUUGAAGUCAUCAACCACACUUUUGUGCGUAAGCUCGCCCCCAACGAGUUCCCCCACAAACUGUACGUACAGAACUAUACCUCAGCCAUCCCAGGAACCUGCCUCACCCUGCGCAAGUGGCUCUUCACCACAGAAGAAGAGAUUCUGCUCAACGACAACCAGCUGGCCGUCAACUAUUUCUUUCACCAGGCUGUGGAUGAUGUGAAGAAAGGCUUCGUCAAAGCUGAACAGCAAUCGUAUCAGCUGCAGAAGCUGGCAGAGCAGAAGAAGAUGUCCAUGUACCUAAACCUGUUGAGAGGUUGCGAGGGCUACAACGAGAUCAUAUUUCCUCACUGUUCCUGCGACUCCCGGCGUAAAGGCCACGUGAUCACAGCCAUCAGCAUUCACCACUUCAAGCUGCACGCAUGCACAGAGGACGGGACACUAGAGAACCAGGUGAUUGCGUUCGAAUGGGGGGAGAUGCAGAGGUGGGACACGGAUGAAGAGGGCAUGGCUUUCUGCUUUGAAUAUGCACGUGGAGAGAAGAAACCACGCUGGGUCAAGAUAUUUACACCUUAUUUUAACUACAUGCACGAGUGCUUUGAGAGAGUCUUCUGUGAGCUGAAGUGGAGGAAGGAGGUGGAAGAGGAGGCUACCGACAAGGACAAUAAGAACUGCAGUAAAGAUGGUAUGUGUGGCAAGAAUAUUUUCCAGCUGCUGAGGCACAGAAGGGAUGGGGGCACCUAGGAAGGGAGAUUGUUACCUCUUAACUACGCCAUCAUCACUAACAUAGCUCAGUCACGUCCCAGGUCUUUGCCCCAGACGCAGAAACACUCAGCUAUUAACUACAAGGACAUCAACUUCAACAUAAGAAGCUACUCCCUACAUGCAAACCGACAAGCAUCUGCUGAAGAACACAUCGAAUAAAUGCAAGCAUAAAAAGCUACAGACUCAUGAACUGGAACCCUGAGUCCAGCGCAUCCACGCAUAACCACGCAUUAAAGCAGUGCCCUGUCAAAAAGAAGCGAGGCACCUGUAGACUCAGAAGGGAUUCACGCAAGCCCUCUUCUUAUUGACGGGGACUGGGAGUGGAAUGUGGCCUCCAAGUGAAGAGGUUUUCAAACUCCUUUGAAGUAGCCCUACUUGAAAAAGAAAGCCAAAGUGAAUGAAGAAUUAUCGGUGGACUAACAAGGGAAAGCGAAAGCUGUUAGUGCUCAGAAAGGGGAACUAAGAUAACAGUAAUCAGUGAAGCUGAGCGUUGACCGCGAGAAGACGCUUAGCUUCUCUAUUAAUGGGUUAGAGCUGCACUAGUGUCACCAGCAGCCACCAGACAAGUGGAUAAAGUCACAGCUGAAUCACAUCACGUAUAUAAACAUCUAUAUGUGUUUGAUGCUAAAUUUUACGAGGAUAAACUAUUAACAUAAGAAUGUGGCAACUGAGAGAAGGGAGAGAGAAAGCAGACGGCAUUUUUUUUUUUUUUUUAAGGAUUGUUUUAUUUUGUUUCUUCAUUUGUUUUCAGCUUUGGGUGUAUUCUUCAUACAAAGCAGGACUAUGUUAAAUCUUAGACUUAUGUUGCACUUUAUCCAACAGUAUUAACAACUGAACAAGAUGGAUUUUUUUCUUUCUAUUCAUUUUUGACUGACUAAAGUGUGGUUAUAUGCUGUUGCAGGAAAUGGUAUAUGCCGAGCCUUUUAUGUGUUUAUAGUAUUAGACGAGCACUCCAUGCAAACGUUUUUUUCGGCUGUGGUGGAGCCGCAGAGGUGUGGACCGCUGGUCAGGCAGGUGACGGCGCAGUGAGGAAGCGUGCACUACCAGGAGGAAACAGCAGGGGUCCUGCUCCUCCUGCAUGCUCCCUGGCUUGUCGUGAUUACUUUGUUUUGUUCGAGCUCCCACAGGAUUUAUAAUGGGCCUGGAAUUCAAACGGCCUUUCCGUGCAGCACUAUUUACCUCUGCAGCUGAUUUCUGCGGCACUGUUAAAACACUCACGCACUUCGGAUUCAGGUGGACAGGGAUUCCUUAACCAAAGGGAAGGUUCUCAUCCUUCACCCUUAAAUAUAGCACAGUCAGUAACGGCCUCCUAGCAACUGAUCACUGGAGUGCACUGAAAUAAAUAGUGGUUUAAUGCCCUCGCAAAUGAACCCAGUUAAUGUUCUAACCAAGAUUAGUGUGAUGUAAAAAAAAAUAUAUAUAUAUAUAUAUGCAACGAUCCGACGAUACAAAGCUGAAACCUGACAAUUAGACAAAAGUAAAAGCUGACAGACUAUAAAUAUUUACUGUUGCUCAGAACAUUUUAUGACUCUAAAUUACUUUAUUGCAACUAAUUUAGUAUGUUUCAUACUCCUUAUUGGAAACAAGUAUAUAUUAAAACACACAAAAGUAUUUUUUUUUGUGAUAAGGCUUGCGCUCUUUUUAUGGAAAUUAACAAACGUGACUCACUUCAUGCCCAGCUCCAGCUCCCGUUUAACCAGUAAUGGCAACAUAAACAGUGUUUUGUAAUCUACAUGCAAAUAAAGGGUCACAGAUACACACGAGUGGCUCUAACUCCAUUAAGAGUGCUUGUUGUAGUGAAGGUGCUGUUCACAAAAGCCAUUUUGAGUGAUUAAUGAGCUUCAGCAGAGCUCGCGGGUGUGUAAAGGGGGUUUAAUUGAAUGCGUUGAGCCUUGAGUCGAGAGACUGAAUGUGCAGCCCUAAAGGCCGAACACAUGUCCCAGGAGUCUUGUCUGUUUACCGAACCGCGUCCGACGUAGUCGAUUGUCUGACGUUGUCUGAUCCGUCCACCUUAAAGGAUACGCUUUCUUUGGUUCACACCCCUCCUCUCUCUCUCUGUCUCUCGUUCUGACUAGAGUUAAAUGUCACGCGCAUUAUUUAUUUCAGUAAAACGUCAUGUUAAAUUCGGCUGAUAUAGGGUAUUGCUUUUCAAAGAGCCGCGCUUAAUAAGAGGAUGGGAAUUGAUGACCUCCUGAUCCAUUGACAUGUUGAAAUGUAAAAUUGAAGUGUUUGAUUACAUCGCUUACUGUAAUAAAUUGUAACAUAUUCUUUUAAAUAAACCGAUUUAUUGAUGCAAA